CCCACAGAGGGCGUCGCCCGAGGAGCGACUCACUGUUUACUAGUAAUCGCGGGGUGGCGAGUGUGGGGGCCGUCAUUUCGGAAGCGCGGUCUCGGUGUUUACCUUGGGCCCGUGAAGAAUGUCAGCACACGUCGUUUGUGUCACCUCGGGGGGCGGCCUGCCCAUUUUUUCCAGGAAGAAGGGGAACGCAGACAGUUUGCCCUUCUCCACCAUCGGCUCUCUGAACGGGGUCCACAUGUUCGGCAAAUCCCAGAAAAUCAAACUUCUGGACACCCUAACCGAGGACUACUCCAUCGUCUGGAAAGAGUACCACGACAGCCUCGUCCUCAUCGGGAUAUCCAGCGGCUGCACCGACCAAGUCCUCGCCCAAACCCUCAACUCCAUUUUCAACGCCGUCGUGCUAAUCGUCGGCACCGAAGAAAUCAAGACGCAGCGAAACAUCGAAAGAUUUAAAAGAGAAUUGCGGACAUGCUAUCCUCUAAUAGACAGACUUCUGGAUUCCCUCGACUGCGGCGAUUCUGCAAGUAAGCACUCCUCUGAUUUAGUGGGAAUGGCUGAAACGAUCCUCUGCCCCGAAAACCACUUAAUCCAGAUUGUUUUAGACACGUUCACGGAAUGUGUGGAUUCGUUGUUCAGUUGUGUGCUAAUCCACGGAAAAAUUGCCGCUGCUACGAAUAGCUGGUGGUCGCUGCAUCCAGAGGAGAUCAAGCUUCUGGCGUUAUUGGCGCAGUCGGAGAAUACGAGCAGCUCGAAAGACAUCCCGGUUUUCCUACCCUACAAAAGUCCUACGGUGGCAUUUCGCUUCGUCUGCUGCACCCUCAUCCCGGAAAUCCAACUGUGUUGCCUGUGCGGCCCCACCCCGAUCCUGUCGGAAGUGGAGCACUCCGCCACCAACUGCUUCAAGAACUCAGCUGAUAUCCUCAGCUCCGCUAUUCAAUCCCACCCGCGCAAUUUCCCCAUUUCGUGUCACAUCGACGGCGGCAUUUUGGGCCUCCUUCUCAUAAAUACGACCUUCGGCAAAUACAUGAUAACGCGAAAUCCGCACCAAAAUAGCAACAAAAAGAACGCCAGUAGCUCGCACCGUUUAGACAUCUUAAGAACGUUUUACUACCAGUCGGUUCUGACUUUCCUCAUGCCCGAUCAAGACAGCGAUGACAAUAAAACGCAAGACUUGAAUGUGGGGUUGGAGACUUAUUGGUGCUCCGAGUACCACAAGUGUUUCGCGAUGAAAAUCGGCGACAAUAUUUUGUGCGUUUUGUUUAAUUCGUCCAUUCCGACGUUCGCCAUGAGGUCCAUCACUGAAAAAACUCUCAAAAAUUUGGUUUCAGAGAAACAAGUUUGUUGGUGAAGGUUUAUUAAAAUUAGUUUUGUAACUCAGCGGGUACAGGGGGUGGUGGGGGUGCCACAGUCGCUUCUUUUUUCAACACUCCAGAAUAGCACCCAAACAGCCAGAUCGUAUAAGAGUGCCUAUGACCCAUGAAUCGUCCUUUCGCGAAGUGGGCGGUUUGGAGGAAUCUGAACAAAGCCACUGACACACUCUAAACAAUCACAGUUGAGUGAUUUAUAAUCUACCGAUCGUGCUUACCUCGAGAAAAAUGAAUAAAAAUAAAUUCCCCACAAUUAACCACCCCAUCUCUUGUUUUUUCUUCCGGAUCAUUUCGUAGCAGCCUCGCGUCGAGAUGCUUAAAUUGAAUUCCGGGGUGUAUAAAUACGCUUUUCCUGUGACUUCGAUGUUGUGAUGAAUACAAGGCGAAAGUGAUUUCAUUGAGCAGCAGCUGAAUGGGGUAUUACCGUCAGCAGCGGGACUUAAAGAGGAAAAAAUGUAACAAUACACAAUCGUUUUCAGUUACGUGAAACAAGAAAAGUCGGCAGGAAACGAAGUGGCUUUGUUGUGGCUUGAUUAAGAAAGGCACAAUGGGAGAUGGGAGAUAUUUUGAGUUUUGUUCGCGGAAAAAAUUUCAAUAUCCCACUACGACUUUUUUUUAUCAUAUGUUAUUUUAUAAAAUACAUAUUUAGGUAUAUUAA